CUCCGUUGCAGUUGUCGAAAGGAACAACUAAACUCAGAGGAAAAGGUGCACAUCAUGUUGGCAUUCAUAGCGUCUAUAUAGCACUGACUUCAAGUAGCAACUUUUGUACACAUCUUGCCCGCAACUGCAUUACGCCUUGCCACUAGUGACUCCAAGAUCAGCACCGGUUUUGGUUCGGCGUGUGCUUGUAUGAGUACUUAGGCACCAUUUAUCUGACCGAUAGCAGUCCAUUGCUUUUCCACCUUCAAUAUGGCGGCUCCAGUACGAGAAGCCCUCCACUUCCCCCAACUCUCAAUCUCCCAGAUCGACCCGUACAUCCCCAAACCCGGAGUGCGACACCCCAACAAGCCAUAUGGGCGACCGCAUGUCACCUUGACAUUCGCAACAUCCCUAGACAGCCAGCUCUCUCUCGUACCCGGUGCACAAACAGCAUUAUCCGGCCCUGAAUCCAAGGCUAUGACACACUAUCUGCGUUCCAAACAUGAUGCCAUUCUCAUAGGUGUUGGCACCGCCGAAGCAGACAAUCCAUCCCUAAACUGCCGUUUCGAAGGCGUGGGCGGCUAUGGUGGUGAGGGCCUGCAGGGGCAGCCUAGGCCGGUCGUUAUUGAUCCGAGAGGACGCUGGCGAUUUACUGCGGAGUGUAAGGUGUUGAAGCUAGCAAGAGGGGGAAAGGGAAAGGCGCCAUGGAUAUUCACAAUGGCUCCGAUCGAUGAUGAGAGGAGAGAGUUGCUGGAGAGUGUCGGAGGUCAGGUCAUCGUAGCGGGUCCACAACCUUCGACACGGCGGUUAUCGUGGGGGUACAUUCUCGAUGAGCUCGAGAGGAGGGAUAUUGAGAGUGCGAUGAUUGAGGGCGGUGGCGCUGUUAUCAACGAUCUGCUCUCCCCGCGGAAUAUCAGGUUCGUUGACACAGUCAUUGUCACGAUAGCGCCGACAUGGCUGGGCCAGGGAGGUGUGCAGGUCUGCCCUAAGGAGCGAGUUGAGAAUGGAGCGAAGGUACCAGUUGCAAGGCUGAAAGAUGUGAGAUGGGUGCCAUUGGGAGACGAUGUUGUGCUUUGCGGACUUGCACCACGAGAUUAGAAGUUAUCGCUGCAACUAGUAGCGGAGAGGCGGUGGUCCAGUCGAAGCCUUUACUUCUCGCUUUGGCAGGUGCGCCCAAGGUAGCCCCUCAGAUACUUUUCCAUCAAGCAGCUU